AUCGAGUGCGGGUUUCGCUACUCUAUUCUCCCGAUUCCUACACGUCACGAACGAGCUCCCCAUCAUCCGCCACCUUUGUUUCUUCCAUACCCACGUCUCGAUUUACUUAGACCCGACAGCAGCUAUAUUCACAUUCCCGUAUCCUUGUUCCUGUCAAUCUAUCUCCGACUAUACCAAAGGCCAAGAAGGGAAAGAAGAAAAGAAAGAGGAAAGAUAGGAAGAAUAAAAGCGCGAGCGCCGGAGACCAUUUAUAAUCAGGAGACAUCUUUCCAAGAUGAAUCUCAUCUACUCAACCGUUAACACGAUUCGAGACAAGUAUACUCCCGUGAGUCAUACGUCGACGUUUCGAAAGACGGGUCAGAUCACCCCCGAAGAGUUUCUAGCGGCUGGCGAUUACCUCGUCUUCAAAUUUCCAACCUGGUCCUGGGCAGAUGCUGAUUCCGAAUCCAAGCGCGUGUCCUACUUGCCGCCUGGCAAGCAGUUCUUAGUCACACGAAAUGUCCCUUGCAACCGUCGCCUCGAUGAAGACUUUGCUGGAGAUGCGGGCCACGAGGAGGCUGUGGUCGGCGACGGGGAUGAUUUCAACUCGAAAGGUCGCGCUGACGAUGAUGGGUGGUUACGCACCGGCGGCCUAAGCAGUUCGCAGCCACUCAAAGCUAAAGAUGUACGAACUGUUGAUGACGCCGGGAACGUCGGAGACGGUUUAGAUGAUGAAGACGAAAUCCCAGACAUGGAAGACGAUGAUGACGACGACGAAGCUAUCAUUCGGGAUACCGAUCCGCACAGGAAAACAGCGGCCCGUCGCACGUACACCCUCUACAUUAUGUAUUCCCCUUACUAUCGCACACCUCGCCUAUAUCUAUCAGGCUACUCCGAAGGACAACCCCUUGCUCCUCAUCUGAUGAUGGAGGAUAUCGUUGGCGACUAUAAGGACAAAACAGUAACAUUGGAGGACUUUCCUUUCUUUGCCAAUAACGUCAAGAUGGCCAGUGUGCAUCCUUGCAAGCAUGCCUCUGUCAUGAAGACUCUCCUGGACCGCGCGGAUGCCGCCUUAAAAAUUAGACGCGACAAGAUGAAGUCCGGGAAGGCAGUCGGCAACGAUUCCGGGAUGGAAGGUCUAGUGGACGAGAUCAAUAAGCUAGAUGUUAAGAGCGCCGAAGCCGCCGCUGAGUCGAAUAGUGACGAUUGGGAAGAGGUAGAGGUAGAAGACCAAGAGGUGGCCAUCCGUGUCGACCAAUACCUCGUCGUUUUUCUUAAGUUCAUGGCCAGUGUUACCCCUGGAAUCGAACAUGAUUUUACUAUGGGCGUAUAACGAGCCGGCC